AAUGUGGUUUUGCCUGACGUCUUGGAGAGAGAUUUCUAAGAAAGGAAGAGUUCUGAAUAGUAAAGCUUGCGUUAUCCCUGGUGGUGAUCAUGUGGGUAUAUAAGUUCAAAUAGAGCCUUGUGAGAGGGCUGUAAACAGGUUCUCAGCUUACAUUGGUUAGAUGGUUUCCAUUGGUAAUACUCGGUUCUCUACUCAAGUAACUGUCCAAGGCAGUAGUGUCAGUCAGUUAAGUUUCUCAGCAACCCUUUGAAGGGAUUUUGAAUAAGAAAUGUUAUAAAGUCAUUACUAUAAUGGGUUUCUCUUUAGUAAUCAAGCCCUAUUUUCUCCCAUUCAUUUUAUGAAUGUUAUUUAUGUCACAAGCCUGCCUCCAGGUCAAUUUGAAAUAAUCUUUUAUACAUGAAAAACUAUAUUAAAUUCCCCAAGGAAGUAGUAUCUUUAAAAUGAAAGGCGUCAAACUACAAAGAAAAAUGGUUACAUUAUUUCAGGAUAAAGCAUGUUCCCCAAGGCUUCAUCCUCAAACCUUUCAGUGCCUGGCUUAUUGGUGUGAGCUACAGUUAGCCCCACAGGCCUCCUGCUGAGAUUUUACAUUAGGGCAACAAAGAGGUUGUUCACCUGUCAUUCAGAAAGGUAUAAGAUCAUUGUGGUCAUUUUGAGCUAUUUGUUCAAAAUGAAGUAGUUUCCCCCUAUAAAAUGUUCUUUUGGACUUAGAAAAUUGUGACAAUUAUAAAAUCCAAUUAUUUAAAACCAGCUGAUCAAUUUCAGAUCUUAGGUAAGUUGGCUUAAGUGUGCACUCAUGAGAGAUCUAAAAGUCUGUCUCUACACCUCAAAACCUCACCGGAUGGCACAAUGGCUUACUAGCUCUUUUGAUGCUGUGGAAAGUAGGACACAUUCGGUUUCUGUCCUUAUGCUCUGUGUGACCUGAGGCAAGUCUAUGUGUACUUAGGCCAGGCCAUAUCUGAUAUUUUCCAUCUGUGUCGCUGUCUUCAUAAAUAUUUUUGAAUUUUUUAAAAUCAGUAUGGAUACAUUGAGGCUCACUGACAACCGGGUCCCCACAUCUUUAUCCUUCUGUUAGGUCUAGCCAGAUGCCACAGAUUGUUUGUUUGUUUUUGUUUUUUCCCCUGAUUAACACUUAGAAGCACAUCUCUAACAAACAAAAUGCAAUGGACAGUUUAAAGUAAAAUUGUUUGAACUUCAGGAAUUCUUAUUGAAAAAUCACCUCACUCACAUAUUCUAGUGGGAUGAGGUUCUACACACUGUGUCAGAGUAACCGCUAAAUGAAAUGAUAGCCACUGAAGUCACUCUUCUCUACCCUGUCAUAAGGACUGGGCAGAGAAGCCUGGGAAGCCAAUGGCUCUUAUCUAGACCUGAUACUGUUACUCGUUACUAGAAACCCUUACAAAUGGAAUUACUUCAGAGAACACUGGGCAGCGACUGCUGGGCUUAGCAUCCUACCAGUGAUGUUGUCAGUCUCAGCUGUGUAAAGAUCAAACACCGUGUCAUUUUUAAAGCAUUUUGAAGCUUAGGUAGUGUAACAAAUUUUACAAUAUGUUGUACAUAGAGGUUUCAUUCUGUAUCAGAUAAAAUAACCUUGGGAGUUUAAAUUGAGGCAGGGUCUGUCAAACCAGCGUCUCAGCGACAUUUCCGUGUGUUGAAUGCUGAGCAGAUGCAGAGUCAUUAACAGGCAGGAAGUAGAGGACUGACUUUCAUGGAUUAUAGGCAGGGUAAAGAUAGGAAAAGUUUGCGUGUGUGUGUGUGUGUGUGUGUGUGUGUGUGUGUGUGUGUGUGUGUCUGUCUGUCUGUCUGUCUUUCUGUCUGUCUGUCGCACAGCAUGUGCGUGGAGGUCAGAGGACACCUUGAGAGAAUCAUUUCUCUUCCUCUACCUUGUGAGACCCUGGGGUGGAACUCAGAUCAUCAGAACUGACAGCAACCUCUACCCACUGAGCCAUCUCACCAGCCCUAAAUUAGAUUUUUUAGCUUGGGAACAACACUAUGAUUAUCUGACUUAAAUUUUCCUUUUACCAAGACCCAAUUGCUAAUACUGGUUCGCACACAUUCUGUCUCAACUUCUUGUAUUUAUUGCUUAGCUUCCCUGUGAAAGUUUUGUGUGUGUCUGUUUAACUUCAUCUCACCCAAGACAUUGAUUUUCCUUGAACUCUCAUAGGGCUGCCAGCUUCCUCAGGGGAACACUGCAGAGCUGGAUUUUAAUCCCUUAGAAUGGUGACUUCAGCUGUGAAAGUUUUGGCUAAGAUUUUAAUGACCAGGUUUAAGAAAAUAUAACAGAUAGACCAGCAGGUGUCCCAAUUACAUUCACCAUUAAAAGGCUUUUUGCGAGGAUUUAAAUAUCAUUAUUAAAACUGUUGUCUGUGCUGUGCUACACCUUGUCAUUCACCAGCGGGGAAGAUUUUGAUGUCCCAGAAAAAAAAAACAUAUAAAAAGGAAGCCAAGAAAGCAGAAACAUUGCAGCAUUCAACCCACCAAAGGAAGUUUGUAUCUCUUUGGCUUUCACUUCCCAACAGAGUGGAGAUGAUCCCCAAACUUACAGCUGCUGUUCUUCUGCUGAGCCUAUGUUUGGAAGGCUGCUCCAGCCAGCACUGGUCCUAUGGAUUGCGCCCUGGAGGAAAGAGAAACGCUGAACGCUUGGGUGAUUCUUUCCAAGAGAUGGACAAAGAGGUGGAUCAGCUGGCAGAGCCUCAGCACCUCGAAUGCACUGUCCACUGGCCCCGCUCGCCCCUCAGGGACCUUCGAGGAGUUCUGGAAAGUCUGAUUGAAGAGGAAACCAGGCAGAAAAAGAUGUAAAUGCAUCAGCACCAAAGGAUCCACAACACCCAAGUGUAACAUGGACAUUGAAAUUUGUGACCUGUUAUAGAUCUGUAAUUGUGUGGGUUUCAGCAUUUCUGUGCCCAGCAACAUGAAUUUCAUAAUAAAGUGACGCGUUGUGGAUCAAA